AAAAACAAGAAAAUUCAGCAUAGGACUGGGUGAACAAGCAUGACCAUGAAUGGGUGCCCGUUUCAAAGGAGUAAAUCACAGCAUGCAUUUCCUUCAGACUUAGAGGAAAACAGUGACACAUCACAAGAUGGAACAAAUAAAGCCAUUAAAGGAGGAAUAAUGUACAGGGACUAUCUGCAGUUGGAUAAAAUAAUAAAUGCUCAAGAGCUACAAAGUGAGAAGAAUGGAAACAAAAUACACGAUGAACAUCUAUUUAUUAUAACUCACCAAGCUUAUGAGCUGUGGUUCAAGCAGAUUCUUUGGGAAUUGGAUUCAGUUCGUGCAAUAUUUGAGAAUGGUCACGUGAGAGACGAGAGAAAUAUGCUGAAAGUGAUCUCAAGAAUCCACCGAAUUGCAAUAAUCUUUAAGCUUCUGGUGGACCAGUUUGCAGUUCUGGAGACAAUGACAGCACUGGACUUCUUUGAUUUCAGGAAUUACUUAGUACCAGCGUCUGGAUUUCAGAGCCUGCAGUUUCGUCUUCUGGAGAAUAAGAUUGGUGUUCCAGAGAGCCUGCGCGUUCCUUACAACAGAAAACACUACAAGGACAAUUUCAAAGGGAAGGACAAUGAAUUACUACUUCAAUCUGAGCUGGAACCAACACUACUACUAUUAGUAGAGCAAUGGCUGGAGAGAACCCCUGGGCUGGAACCAGAUGGAUUUGAUUUUUGGGGCAAACUUAAAAUCAACGUUGAAAGAGGACUGAAGGAAGAAUUUACAAGUAUUCAGUCAAAGCCAGAAUUUGAAGGGAAGGAAGAUAUGUUGUGGGAGCAUAACAAACAGAAAGAAGUACUCACAUCACUGUUCGAUGAAAGACGCCACGAGCAUCUGCUGAGUAAAGGGGAACGGAGAAUAUCAUAUAAGGCAUUGCAGGGGGCCCUCAUGAUUUACUUUUACAGAGAAGAACCACGUUUCCAAGUGCCAUUCCAGUUGUUGAAUUCCCUCAUGGAUAUUGAUGCGCUUAUGACUAAAUGGAGAUACAACCAUGUUUGUCUGGUUCAAAGGAUGAUUGGAAGUAAAGCUGGCACUGGUGGUUCGUCCGGCUAUCAUUAUUUACGUUCUACGAUGAGUGAUCGAUAUAAAGUGUUUGUUGACCUGUUCAACCUUGCAACUUUCUUGGUGCCAAGACAAUGGAUUCCAAAGCUGACCUCUUCAAUUCACAAAUUUUUACAUACUGCAGAGUGUUGUGAUAGCUCAUACUUCAGUGGUGAGGAAUCUGAUUAAAAUAGAAAUCAACUCAGCAUAUUUUGAAAGCAAACUACACACAAUUUUAAAAGAUUUUUAAAGCUUUUAAUGAUCCAUGUAUGUUUUUAAAUUUUAAUUGGACUUGGACACAAAAUCAUUUUCAGUGAAAGGCUUUCACAGAUCUUGGCUUUAUAAUUUUGUAAAGUGGGUGAUAGUGGAUCUCCAGCAGAUUUUAUACAUUCCCUGAUUUUCACAUGCAAUUACUAUCACAUGAACUCAAUAGUACCCCUCUUUCUCAAUUUGUUUCCUGUAAUAUAUUUUACAAAUGGGUAAGGUAAUGUACAUGUAAAUCUAUUUAUCUAAAAUAUUAUACACAGGAUAUAAAACUACCUUAAUUCUUCAGGAGAUGCUUAUAGAUUUAGUUUAUAUUUCAUAAAGGAUAAUUGAUUUAAAAGAGCAACACUGCUUCUAAAAAAUGGAUAUGGCUUUUAUUGACAGUUGUAAAUAUGUACAUUAAUGGAAUUAUUCAAAAGGCUUUUCAGAUGCAAAUGCAUUGUAUUUGUGCAUCCUUUCUGAAAGGUAUGCUAUCAAUUAAGUAAAUCUAAAUACCUUGAUUAAUGCUCUAUAACCAUUGACAUGCCAGACAGUGUGAAGCAACAUUCAUUAACUACAUGUUAAACUUCAUCUUCAAGCUUG